AUGCAGGCCAGCCUCCCCCUCUUCCUGAUCCUCCUCUUGGUCCUCCUGUUACCCGGCUCUGGGCACGCUCUGCUCGGCUUCCGUCCGGAGGAGACCGGGCCGGAGCUGUCCGUGCAGGACGGGGUCCUGAAGGCCACCGAGGGGACGCGUUUCACUCUGCGGGUGUACUACUCCUCCUCCCCGCUGCACAGGCUCAACCGGACGCGGGCCACCAGCGCGGCCCCGUGGAUCGCUUUUAUCGAAGAGCCCGGCACCGAGGCGCUCCCCCGUCACGGACCGGACCCCCGGAACUUGUGCGCGGACAAGAGCGCGCGCACGUCCGACAUCGAGGUGCUGGGCUCCUUCAAGUCGGCCUCCAGCCGGAACUCGGUUCUGGUGGAAUUGCUAGCCAAGCAGCUGCGAAGAGGGGACCGCAUCAAGUUCUACUCGGUGUGUGCCUUUGACGGGUCAAAGUGGGAGCACUACCGCACUAGGGACUACUGGCUGGCGGUGGUGGAACGUUCCGGUGAAGCUCCUGAGCUGUGGCUGCAGGUUCUGGUGUCGGUGCUACUGCUGGCAUUGUCGGCGCUCUUCAGCGGACUCAACCUGAGUCUACUGGCAUUGGACCCCGUUGAGCUGCAGGUUCUGCAGAACAGCGGCACUGACAAGGAGCAACGUUAUGCCCGAAAGAUCGAAUCGGUGCGACGGCAUGGUAACUACGUUUUAUGCACUCUGCUGUUGGGUACGGCGCUGAUCAACUCUUCACUGGCCGUAUGGAUGUGCCGCAUCCUGGGCAUGACGUGGCUUUCAACCGCCACCUGCGCACUGGGAAUUUUCUUCGUUGGCGAGAUUCUGCCGCACUCGGCAGCGUCCCGCCACGGCCUGGCUAUGGCGGCGCGCAGCAUCUGGCUGACGCGCCUGCUCAUGGUGCUCUCCUUCCCCGUGUCGUACCCGCUCAGCAAGCUGCUUGAUCUCAUCCUGCACCAGGAGAUCUCCAACUUCUACACAAGAGAGAAGCUGCUGGAGAUGCUGCGCGUCACCGACCCGUACCAUGACUUGCUCAAGGAGGAGCUGAACAUCAUCCAGGGGGCUCUGGAGCUGCGUAGCAAGACUGUAGAGGAUGUUCUGACCCCACUUGGGGAUUGCUUCAUGUUGGCGGCCGACACCCUUCUGGACUUCAACACCAUGACAGAAGUCCACCAGAGUGGCUACACGCGUAUCCCCGUGUACAAGGACACCCGCGCCAACAUCGUCGACGUGCUGUUCGUUAAGGACCUGGCCUUCGUCGACCCGGAUGACUGCACGCCCCUGCAGACUGUGACACAGUUCUACAUGCGGCCACUGCACUUUGUGUUCAGUGACACCACUCUGGACGCCAUGCUGGAGGAGUUCAAAAAAGGUAAAUCUCACCUGGCUAUCGUACAGCGUGUGAACAAUGAGGGCGAGGGCGACCCCUUCUACGAAGUAAUGGGCAUCGUCACACUGGAGGACGUCAUCGAGGAAAUCAUUAAGUCAGAGAUUCUGGACGAGACCGAUCUCUAUACUGACAACCGCAGCAAGCGCCGCGUGUCGCACCACGAGAGGAGGCGGCAGGACUUCUCCAUCUUCAAAGUGGCCGAGCAUGAGAUGGUGAAAAUUUCACCGCAGCUCCUUCUAGCCACGCACCGCUUCUUGUCCACAGAGGUGGAUCCUUUCAAGCCGACGUACAUCUCAGAGAAGAUCCUGCUGAGGCUCAUCAAGCAUCCCAGCGUCGUUCAGGACCUUAAGUUUGACGACAAGAACAAGCAAGCACUAAAACACUUUCUGUUCCAGAGAAACAAGCCAGCAGACUACUUUAUUCUUAUACUGCAGGGUCGAGUAGAGGUGGAGUUUGGCAAGGAGUGUCUCAAAUUUGAAAAUGGAGCUUUUUCCUAUUUUGGGGUUCCUGCCAUUUUGCCAGCAGAUCUCCGGUCGCCAUCCCGCUCCGAGUCAGAGGGUUGGUCCCCUGGCCAGCUUAACGGGGGGUCGAAUAUCUAUGUGCCAGACUACUCUGUACGCCAGAUCACGCCAUUGCAGAUCCUCAAGAUCACCAGAAGCCACUACCACAAUGCACUGGGUGCUUCCAGGAUGGACACCUCGCCACAGACGCCCGACCCCGACGCCCGGAUGACAGAGCCUUCGCCGACUGAGAAUGGGGGUCCCGCUAGCAUCGCCACAGGCGCCACACUGAUGCCACCGUGCCGGGAAAUGGAUCGUUACCCUCCUGCCGGGCACGCGGGGCAACAGGGCUACUGCAUACCCCAUAGCACCUCCGUGCUCAACUGUAGGAAUCGUAUAGUCAGAAGUAAGUCUGACGGCCAGAAGAGUCCGAGCGAUUCAGUCUUCUUACGGAUGGACGAUAUCCCGUACAUCCAAGAGGACUGGCCAGAAUACUCCGACGUGACUGGUGUUCCCGCGGUAACGGACACGUCUCCUUUGAUCAGCAGCUUGUCGGUCAGCGUCUCCAAGGACACGCUGAGAAACAAGCUCAAACCCAGUCACAAGAAGGGACAAGAGUCACUAGAAGACCAGAAAAGAGAAGAGUCUGAAGGGGGUUCCAUACAAAAUGAGCAUGAAACCGAACAGCAAGAGGACAACUCUCAACAUGCACUGGUUGAAAGCUAG